GUAGCGUCCACGAUACCGAAUUGCGAAGAGUAUACCGUUGGAUGGAUCUGUGCAACGCAUACUGAGAACGCCGCUGCCCAAGAAUUUCUCGACGAAGAGCACGAGGGACCAGAAUCAGUGCAACAAAAUGAUAACAAUAUUUAUACCCUGGGUCGGAUCGGGAAGCACAAUGUCGUGAUCGCUGCCCUGCCGCAUAAACAAUACGGGCUCGUAAACGCAGCCAGCGUCGCCAGGGACAUGGUUCACAGUUUCCCGAAUAUCAAAAUCGGCCUGCUGGUGGGCGUAGGCGGCGGGGUGCCCAGUGCCACCCAUGAUAUACGGUUGGGUGAUGUCGUUGUCAGUUCCGCAGGCCUCAGUAGCGGCGGCGUGUUCCAACACGACUAUGGAAAGAAGAAACAAGACGAGGACCUUGCUACGACUGGGUUCUUGAACCAACCUCCCAUGAUUCUUUUGAACGCAAUACAGGCGCUGCGGACGAAGCACGAAAGAAAAGGUCAUCAAAUCCAAGACGCCAUUGAAGCAAUCUUCCAGAACAAUAAAAGGCUCCGAGCAAAGUACAAACAACCUGACAGGAGUACUGACAGGCUCUACGAGUCUUCUUUUACUCAUGCGGGGAGUGAUAAUGACAGUUGUAUGGUGGUCUGCGGCGAUGACAGCGGCAACUUGAUCUCUCGGACAGAACGAGCUGAAGAAGAUGAUGAUCCAACCAUCCAUUACGGAUUGAUCGCAUCUGGAAACCAAUUAUUAAAGGAUGCACAGCUCCGAGACAAGCUGGCACUAGAGAGGGAGAUCUUAUGCUUUGAAAUGGAAGCUGCAGGUCUCAUGAAUCAUUUUCCUUGUCUUGUCAUUCGCGGUAUUUCCGACUACUGCGACACGCAUAAGUCCAAGCAAUGGCAGGGCUACGCAUCCAUGGCGGCAGCUGCCUACGCGAAGGAACUUCUCAGUAUCAUCGCACCAAAUAAGAUCGAUGCUGAGGCUCCUCUGAUACAGUCUAUGGCUCAAGACAUAUCAGAAAUAAAGGAUGUAAUGACUCAAGUCGGUGCCAAUCAAGUGAGUCAGAUUGAGCGAAAAAUCCUCGACUGGAUUACCGACAUAACCUACGGCAAUGAGCACAGCGAUAUUCGCAACAAGCGGCUUCCGAAAACCAGCGAGUGGCUUCUCAAAACUAAGGAGUACCAUGACUGGGUAAGCAACAGCGGGAAAACGCUCUAUUGUGAGGGAAUGCCCGGAGCCGGCAAGACCAUCAUUGCAUCUGUUAUCGUGGAUGAUCUUGACAGACCCCAGAAUGAAAACGGCAUAGCUUAUAUUUAUUGCAACUAUAAAAGGGAGGAGACUCAGACUGUUGAGAAUCUACUCAAAACCAUGGUACGGCAGCUGCUUCAAACCCGAACCCCUCUUCCAGAGGCCGUAAAGUCCCUAUACAAUAGGCACAACGCCAGACAAACACAACUUACACUAGAAGAAAUCCGCCGGCUUCUCAGGUCAACAGUUGCAUCCUAUCCUAGAGUUUUCAUCGUUAUUGAUGCCUUAGAUGAAUGCCUCGGGCCUGAUGAGUGCCGAAGUAGGUAUCUGCAGGAGAUUCGAGGGCUACAAGAAUCUUACGCAGUCAAUGUGUUUGUAACCUCAAGACCUCUCCCUAAAGUCCGAAAAAUGCCAUCCUUUAAAGACAGUGCAUUGGUCCAAUUGCACGCCCGCGGUGAGGAUAUUCAAGCGUACCUUGAUUAUCGAAUAUCAAGGUUUUCUAGCUUUGUACAGCAGGACAUCGACCUUCAAAGGGCCAUUAAGGAUAAGAUUCAGGGUAUCGUCAAUGGGAUGUUCUUGCUCGCAAAACUCUACAUGGACGCUAUUCAAGACAAGGUAACCUCGAAUAGCGUCAAAGAUGCCACAAGCGCCUUUGGGACAAACCCAGACGUCUAUUCCGAGGCCUACGAGGCUGCCAUUGAACGGAUUGAGUCACAGAAGAGCGACAGGCUGACAUAUGCCAAGAAACUACUUUCUUGGAUUUGUCUUGCGAAAAGAGAGCUGUCCGUUUCCGAACUCGAGCAUGCACUUGCUGUCGAGCCCGGUGCAAAAGCUAUAGAUAAAGGUGACAUCCCAGAUAUCCACGAUGUGGUCUCGUUCUGUGCUGGGCUUGUCAAUAUCCAUCAAACCAGUCAAAUCGUGAAGUUGGUCCAUUCGACAGCCCAGACCUUUUUGGAAAGUAAGCGAGCGGAGUUCUCGCCAAAUGCUGAGAGUAGUAUUGCCCGUAUCUGCAUUACCUACCAAUGUUUUGAUGCCUUUACGUCAGGGUACUGCGCGACCGAUCAAGAGUAUGAAGAACGUAUACAGAACUAUCCAUUAUUCAGCUAUGCAGCUCAUUACUGGGGCCAGCAUACCCGAAAUUCGAAGCAAUUUGACCAUGCAUUGCUAUUACUAAAGCAAACCGCGCAUAUCCAGGGAUCUUUCCAGACAUUGUCCAUCGGGGAAAGGCCGUUUAAAUGGGAAGGGUACAGCCAAAAACUGACACGAGACAUAGUUGCUUUGCAUCUUCUAGCCUACCUAGGUCUUGACGAACUUAUAGGAGAGAUAGCAGAGGCCGAGAUAGAUGCAGAAUCCAGUGACGGCCGGACGCCGCUGUGGGCUGCGGCUGCCCAAGGCCACGAGGCAGUAGCGAGGCUGCUCGUCGAGCGUGGCGCCGCUAUCAAUCCUAAGGGCAACAUCGAGACACCGUUAUUCACUCCGGCUUACAGAGGCCAAGAGGCGGUGGCAAGGGUACUCAUUGACCAUGGCGCCACAAUUAACCCUACCAUUAAGGAAGGGUUCUGGACGCCGCUCUUUGCUGCGGUUAGCCAAGGCCACGAGGCCGUAGCGAGGCUGCUCAUCGGCCAUGGCGCCAGAGUUGAAACUGGUUGUGAACCUGUCAAUUCUUGCGAUCUUGAUUUUGACCCUCUCGGUUGCGAACUGUCACCCAAGAGAGAAACACCGUUGCUGAUAACUUCGCGCGGCAAAGACAAUGUGGUGACCAGACAGCUGCUCGUCGAACAUGGAGCCGCUGUCGACUCCAAUAACAGUGUCUGGAUGCCGCUAUGGGCCGCGGUUGGCCAAGGCAGUGAGGCGGUAGUGAGGUUGCUCGUCGAGCAUGGCGCCGAUAUUAACCUUCACAACAGCGGCUGGACGCCGCUGCUCGCCGCGGCUAACAGAGGCCACGAGGCGAUGAUGAGCCUGCUUAUCGAACAUGUCGCCAAUAUCGACCAUAAUGAUAAUGAUGGCCGGACAUCGCUCUUCAUUGCAGCUAGUCAAGGCCAUGAGGCAGUAUAUAAUAACGACGGCGAGACACCGCUUAUAAGUGCAGCUAGCAGAGGCCAUAAAGCAGUAGUGGAGCUGCUCAUCAAGCAUGGCGCAGCUAUCAACAAGGCCGAUAAGAACGGCCAGACGCCACCAGCAGCCGCAACUAUCCAGGGUCAUAAGGCAGUAGAAAGGCUACUCGUCAAGCAUGGUUCAAAAUAU